AUGAAUAAUAAUUGCACUCAUGUGACUUUAUUAUUAGACUUGUCACCUUCCUUAGCCAAAUUUGAAAUGUUUACAUCAUUAGAUUUCAAAUAUGAAUUUCUUAUUGAAUCAUUAACAUCUCUCAUUAAGAUGCUUACUAAUUAAUUAUUGAGUAUAUUUAUAAUCAAAGAGGAAAGUGUUAUUACAUUUCUUAGAAAUCACCCUACAACUAAUUUACCACUUUUAAUUGAACUUAUAGCUGAAUAUAUUCGCAAUCAUUAUUCGAAUCAAAAUAUAUAUAUUAAGAAAACUAUACAAUAAGCUAUUGAUAUGACUAUAUCUUAAUUGAGAUCUUAUUAAUAACCAUAUAACAACAAAAAAUACAUAAUAUUUAGUGAUUUUACUAAUUUCAGUUAUGGAGGUUUCUUGGCCUUUGAUUUAUGGGAUACAUAAGGUUAUACAUUUUCAUUUAAUGGAGUUUUAAUAGGAUCAUAGAAAUUGAAUGGUUAUGAAUCAUUUAAAUUAGUUAUUGAUCCAUAAGUGAUUUCAGAUUAUAUGGAAAAUCUUAAUGGUGAAUUGUAUGAUAUCAAUUUAAGAAAUAAAAAUGGAAUUUUGAUUGAAAUAGAUUAGAUUGUAGUAUCAAUCAAUAAUAUUAAUAAAUAAGUGUAUAAUACAAGAUAAUAGGUAGGAGAAUAUAUUAAUAAAUAUCCAAAAGAGAUGUAUGAAAUGAGAAAGAAAGAAGGUUUCAAAGAAGAAAAUUAACAAACAUUAAGUAUUCGAGUCAAUGAUUAAAUGAGAUUAUUAUAUUAGAUUGGAGAAGAUAAUGUAAUUAUCUAUUUAGAAAGAAAUUAAUUAAUGGAUAGACCUUAGAGUCCUUAAAAGAAGUAAACAGAAUAGGAUAAUGAAAUAAAUAUAAAUUGUAAAAUGUUGUUUGAAAUGUAUAAAGAAAGAGAUUAAUUGUAAGAGAUUGUUUUGGAUAUGUAAUUAUAGAAGAUAUCAAUUGAGGAAGGAAUGGGUAUAUUGGUGAAGAAGAAAGCUUUUGAAAGUUAGAAAUUUAUAAAUAGAAAUUUUAAAUAAAUCUCAUUAGUUUAUUUAAUAAGACCUAUAGAUUUUAGGUAAUUUUAAGAGGAAGGUGAAGAAUUCAACAAAAAUUAAUUUUAUCAUUAUAUUCGUUAAAAAUUAUAAGAGGUUUCAACAAAGCAAUUAUAGAAUUGUUUAUUAUAUUAAUAAGGGUAAGAUUUUGUAAUGAUUAGAAUUCUUUGGCAUUCUCAUACUAUAAUUAGAUUAAUAUGUAUAUAUAAUGAUUCUAAAAUGCUUCCUAUCUUAUAAAAUAGGAUAAAGGAAGUUUUUAAAAGUAAUUAAAUUUUGAGAAAUUCUCUUAUAGAAUUUGAUCAUUCUUUAAAGAAUUUAUUAAUAAAGAGUGAAACUCAUUUUUUGAAAAAGAAUCCAGAUUUAUAUGUUUUAGAGAGAUGUUGGGAAUGGAAGAAAGAGUUAAUUUGGGAUUUAUAAUAGAUGUAUAGAAUAUUGACAAGUGUAAGAAUUAAAUCAAAUUAUUGGAGAGUACCAUCUUUAAAUGAUAGAACUAAUAAAUUUUUUGUUGCAUAAUUAGAAUUGGGAUAAAAGAUUGUAAUAGUUUAGAAUUUAAUAUUACAGGAAGAUAGAAUCAUAUGUAAUAUAUUUACAGAGAAUAUUAUAUCAGAAGAGAGAAAUGUAUUGAUAGAAUAUUUUGAUAAGAUAAAAGAAUUUGAAAAGUAAAUAGUUAUAACACUUCAUACUGCUCAUAGUAUGUAUAGAUAAUCAUUAAUAAAGAAAUAGAAUAGUUCUUAAGUAGACUUCUUUACAUUGUAAUUCAUAACAAGAUAAGGAAAGCUAUUUUAAACAAAAGAAUAAGUAAGUAAAUAAUUUAUUGAAUAUGCUUAAUCAUAAGCAACUUAUUAUCCAACUCCUACUAAUUAAUUAGAUUAUAAUUCUUUAUUUUAAAAAGGGUAUUUGUAUUAUGAAAUAAAAUAAAAAUAAAUUGAUGAAGAAUCUAAGAAUAGAUUGAAUAUAGGUUAUUUGUAAGUAUUACAAUAAAUAGCAAAUCAUAUAGUUUUAAAAUAAUAGAGUUAAAUAAAUUAAGAUUUAUUGUUUAUUGUAGUUGGUCCAUAAAGAUUGUUAAUGAUUGCAUUUACAUUAGAGAAUACAACAUUUUAUUUGAUUUCAUUAGAAUAAAUAGAGAGAAAUCAUACAUCUCAUCCAUUUUUGAAUGCUAAUUAAGAGAAAAAAGUAGAUGCUUUAAUUAAUUUUGUAUAAUAAGAGUAUAAUUCUGUAUUUGCAAAAGAGGUUCAUUAAUAAUUUAUGAAUAAUAUAUUUACAUCUUAAAUAUAAGAAGCAAUAGAAGGAUGUUAAAUAGAAAUACUUGAUGUUGAUUUGAAUUAAGCUUAAUAAGAUGUUAGAUUAUUAUUUGAUUAAUAAGCAAGAAAAAUGUAAAAGAAAUCAUCAAUAGCAGAAGAAACUCCAAGUCCAAAUAAAUAAUUUAGAAGAUAAAAUUAUUAAUAAAGAUUAAAUGAUAUUAAAUAAUCAUUUGUAUAGAAAUAAUGUUAAAAAUGGGAUGAGAGAUUAUAAAAAUUAAUGAAUGAUCAUAAAAUUAGUAUGAAAUAAAUAGAAGAUUCUUAGUAAUGGUAUUUUUAUGAUAAUAAAUAAGAGAAAAAUGAAAAUAUUUUAUUUUUAAGUGUUAAAUUUAGGGAUGGAGAAGCAGAAUAUUAAAGUAUAUAACAAUUAAUUGAAAAUUUUAGAUUAAAAUAAAAAAGAUUAAAAUUAACAAUUUCUUAUCUUAUUUAUUAUUAUGAUAAAAGAAGUUUAAUUAAGAUAUUGAAUGAAGGUUUAGAUUUCCUUUAAGUUAGUUCUACUGAUGAAUUAACAUCAAUAAAAAGAAAGAUUUAAAGAUGGUCUGAUCCUUUUAGAAAAUAUAAUAAUGAAUUUAUGAAGAAAUUUUAAUUAGAAAUAUAAAGAUUAUUACCUAUGAAUGAAGAUAAUAUAAAAUUAAUAUAUAUAAUGAUUGAAGGAAUGGAUAAUAAAUUUGUAGAAUAUAAAUAAUCAGAUAAAAAAUUUGAUAAACAUUUUGCAUCAUAAUUUUCUGAAGAAAUUAAAAAUACUUCAGAAUUAAAUUAAUUAUUGAAAUAUAUAAAUUUAUCAGAUGAAUAUUAUGUAUUUAUAUUAACAACAGAAAAUUGUAAUAUGCCUUAAUUUGAAGAAUUUGAAUUAGAAAAAGAAUUUUUAGCAGAUGAAUAAUAAGUGAUUCCAUUCUGGUUUAUAAUUAGAGUUUAAGAAUAACAAUUUUCUAUUGUAUGGUAUUCUGAAUAUUAAUUUGAAUCUUUAAAGAAAACAGCAGAAGAAUUAAGAGAAUUAAUAUUAGAAACUAUUGAAAGAACAUUAUUAUAUUUAAUUAUAAGAAAAGCAACUGAAUCUACAAAUAAAGUUAAAUUAAUAUUAAGUCCUUAUUUUGAAAUAGAUGAAGAAACUCCAGCCUUAGAAUAAAUUAAAUAAAGUCAAAAUCCAAUACCUCCUCCUACUUAAUAGAAAAAUGUACAUACUAGAAAUAUGUGGAAAACUAAAACUAUAGUUGAAACUAAAGUACAAGAAAGUAAAGAGUAUAAAAUACCAUUUGUUGGUUGGAAAGUGUUUCAUCCUUAUCAACCUAAAAAACCAUUCAUUUAAUAUUUAAUCAAUAAUACUAUUUUAAUGAAUCAUUAAAUAGAUUCUAAUUAAUAUUAUGGAUAAUUAGAUAAAUAAUAUUAUUUAUUCAGUUUUUAGAAUGUAAAAAAUAUAAGUAAUUAUGCUGAAAGAUAUCCUGAAUUAUGUUCUGAUAUUAUACCUGGUUAAUUAUCAAUAAUAAUGAAUGUUUAUUCUACUAAUAAAAAUCAAAAGAAGAUUAUUUAAGAUAUUGAUUAUUAUUAUGAACAUAUCAAAAGAAAUAUGGAUGAAGAUACUAUUAAUGCAUUAUCUUAAGGUGUUAUUAGAAAUCCUAGAUUGAAAGAAUAAGAAUUCUAUUUAAUUUAAAAAGGUGAACAUAAUCAUAUAGAGAUUUUAUUAAAUAAUAAUAUUAAAGAUAUGUUAGCAUUUUCUACAUUUAUGAGACAUAAUUUAGAGAAAACUUUUUGUAAAUAUGAAGUUCAAUAAUAGGAAAAGGUUAAAUUUGAUGCACAAAGAGAUGAUUUAAGAUAUAUUGUUGAUCAACAUGAAAAUUCUUUCAUUUUCUCUAAAUAUAAAGUAGUCUAUUCUCCUAAUGUAAAUAUGUCUAAUUUUUUUGGUUAAGGAUUGUGUUUAUUAAAUUUUUUAUAUUAAGUUGAUGGUGAAAUUAUAACUUCCUACUAAUUUCCAAAAUAACCUAAAUGUAUUCAAUAAGAAGAUUUAUUAUAUAUUCCUGCUUCAUUACCUCCUCUUCAAUUUUAUUAAGGACCUAGAACUUCCAGAAGUGAAGUUUGUUAUGAUAUUAGUAAAAAUUAUCAUGAGAAAUUCUUGAUAAUUGAUGUAAUUUCAAGGGGAUAAUUAGAAUGGAAUGCUUUUAAAGAAUAUUUUGCAGCAUUAGUUAGAUAGGUAGAAUUGGAAUAUUAAAUUGAGAUAAUAUAAUUAAGAGGAAAAAGUAAAGAUUAACUUUAAGAAAUAUAAUAAACAUUUAAAUAAUUGAAACAUUAUAGUUUUAAAAUGCAUCAUUUUGUAUAUCCAUUAUAUUAUGAUGAAAUUUUAUGGAAUAAUGUAAUGGGUUAAUUAAAAAAUAAGAUAAUAGUAGAAUUUGAUAAGAAAGGAAUAAAUCCAUAACUCUCUUAAUAAUUUGAAUAGCAAUUUUCAAUUUAACCUAGUGUUUAAUUAGAUCAUAGUUCUAUGGUUUAUAUUAUUAAUGAUGGUUAAGAUUAUGAAUAAGCUAUUUUAUUAGAUGGUGUUAAACAUUUUGCUUCACAAAAAUAAAAGAAAAAUGAUCCUAUUGAUUUAUAUCAUAGAAGUUUAUUAGUUUAUGUACAUUUAUCAAAUCAAACUUUAGAAGUGUUUUUAUACAAUUUAAAUUGUGAUAUAGCUGCUAAUUUAAAUCAUUAAUUUGGAAUAUUAUCAAGAUGGUCAAUAAUAAGAAAUUUAGUAGCUUAAAAGAUAAAAAAUGAUUUAUGUGGUUGUUAUAAUGUUAGAUUAUCACCACUUUAUGAAGAAAUAUUUAUGACUAAACAUAAUAUAUAUGAACAUUCAAUUGUUAAUGAUUUACUUAGAUUAAGAAGUUAAGAUUAAGCAAAUAAAAAAGUUAAGAAAGAAGAUUAACCUGAUUAAUUUUCUACAGUUUCUAAAGCAAUUGAAACUAUUAUUAUGUAGGAAUUCCCACCUUAAGAUAUUUAAUUAUUUGAUUUUGUAAAACAUUUAGAGAAAUUCUUUAAAUUAAAUUUCAGUGUUGUUAAACCUAAGAAAUUAAAUAUUGAUUAAAAUUAAUAAGGUGAUUUUUUAUAAAGGGAAGGUAAAGCAUUUUUAGAAUUAAUAAAGGAUUUUUAUAAAAAUUAUAUAUAAACAUAAUUGAUUAAAUAUGUUAAAAAGAUGAAAGUAUCAGGAGAUGUAUAAAUUGCAUAAUCUAAACCAAUUUUAGAAAAGAUAUUAAAUUAAAGUAAGAGUCGUUUAUAAUCAAAUCCAUUAUAUAUAUUUAGAAUGAAGGAGAAAUCAGAAUUGAAAGGAAGUUUAGAUUUAGAGAAAGAAUAUUUAUAUUUAAUUAAUUAAGGUUAUAAGAAAGUAUUGAAAUAAUCAAAUUAUGAAAUAAUUUUAGGAGAUGAUAUUAAAAUGGAUGAUAUGGAUGAUUAAAUUAUAGAUGAUGAAUUAAAAAAGAAUAAUUAAUUAUUAAAUGAAGAAGAUGCAAAGAGUCUUAUGUCUUAAGUUGAUUUACAUUUAUAUUAUAAUGAAAAUAUGUUAAAACAUAUGAAUUUUAAUGUUUAAAGUUCAGAUUUUAUUAGAAGAGUAAAUUAUUUAAGAAAGAAAGAUAAUCCAUCAAUAAUAAAGAUGGUUGCUCUAUUAUCAUUUAAAUUUCCAUUUAUAUUUGAAAAGACAUAUUGUUUACCUGGAGAAGAAUUACCAUAAGAAGAAAAGGGUACAGAGAAUUUUACAUGUUAGAAAUUAGAAAAGUUUCAUUCAGAAUUAAUAGAAUAAGAAUGGAAGAAGAAUGAAUUAUAGAUAGAUUUAUAUAUGCUUAUAAAUGGAUAUUCAAAGAUAUAUUAGAAAUUUAAUCAUUAAUAUCCAAAGAUAGAUAGAUUUUUAUAUAGAAUAUCAGUUGGUUUUGUAUUGGAUUGGAUUAAGAUAGAUGGAUUUAUUAAAUUUAUAUUAUCAAAUAGUAGAAUAUAUUAUUUGAAUAAAUUACAUGGAUUUUAUGUUUAUGAUAAUUAACAUAUAAUAUAGAAAUCAGAAUAACUUUAAGUUUCUCUAUAUUUAAAUUUAUUAGGAUCUAAUGAAUUACUUGAUUAUACAAAUAUUAUUGAAUUAGAAUUGGAUGAAUAAUAAUAAGGAUCAAAAUAAUUAUCUUUGGUUGCUAAUCUAUUAAUUAAUAGUCCAAAUAUUUAAUAAUUCUUAUAAACAUUUGAAGGGAGUCUUUUGGAAACUUUGAAAAGAGCACAUAAAAAUUUUAUGGCAUAUGAAUGGUGGAAUAAAAUCAAAAUUAAUAAUUAAUUAAGUGCUUAAGAUUUAGCAUUUUUGAUUCCAUAUUGUUAAUAAAUUUAAACUAAAGUAUUUUUUUUAUUAUUAAAUCAAAAUAGAAAUUAGCUAAAGAAAUAAGAUUUGAAUAAUUAGAUAAUUCAUAUAAAUUGAAACGUCUACCUGUAGAAUAAUUAUUACUUAAGUUACCUCAAAUUUGUUAUGUAGUUGACAAUUAGAAAUCUAUUCUAAUAGUUAAUAAUACUUAAGAUGUUCUUUAUUUAAUUGAUUUGAUUAAUGGAAUGAUUGAUAAUAUUAGAAUCCUGUAUUUGAUGAUGGACAAUCCACAUUAUGACCAAGAGAAAAUGAUCAAACCACAUUAUGAUUGGUGUACUUAGCUAAUAAAGUAAUGUAUGGAUGAAAUGAUUUGA